AAAAUUCCCCUUCAAAACCUCCCCACACGAGACUCGCCAUCCCCACCCAUCAAAUCCACCGCCACACACGCCACCCUCGCCGGAGAAGAAGGAUCCAUCCCAUCCCAUCCAUCUGCAUACCAAUCCGGGCCAUGGCCGACGCCGCCGCGCUCGUCGCCGUGCCGCCGCAGGCGCAGCCGCAGCAGAGGCACCCGCUGAGCCAGAUCGCGGCGAGCGGGACGCACCGGCUGCUGCUCAAGCAGUGGCUCAAGGAGGAGGACCUGCUGGCGCGGCGCGUCGCGCUGCGGGAGGCCCGCCUCGACGGCGCGCGCAAGGAGAUCGCCUUCCUCUACUGCGCCUUCUUCGCCUUCCACGCCGCCUCCGUCCUCCUCCUCUUCCUCUCCGCCUCCGUCGCCCCCCUGACCCCCUCCCCGUCCUCCGCCUGCCGCCGCUCCUGGAUCCCCUGCCUCGUCUCGCUGCUCGCCUCCCUGGCCAUGCUCUGGGCGCUGCGGUACAAGGCCGACACGGAGGCCGUGCUGGAGCGGGUGCUGGCGCGGGAGCAGGAGGACGCCGCGCUGCUCGGCCGCUGCGUCGCCGAGCUCAAGCGCAAGGGGCUCGAGUUCGACCUGCUCAAGGAGGUGGACGCGCUGCGCAGGGCCAAGGCCCUCCGCGUCGAGGCCAAGGCCGGCACCGACGGGCCCAGGCGCUGGCCCGCCAGGGACCUCCCCGUCUUCGCCCUCUUCGGCGCCGCCUGCGGCGUCCUCGUGCUCACCAGGUUCCUGCUCUGCAACUAGGCCGAAUCUCGCGAAUCAUGGUCCGUUCCGUGUUCAUCAGGACUCCGAUCGCUGGAUCGAUUGAUGAAGCGUACUACUGUUUCUGUUCGUUCCUGCAGAACUGUUUGUUCUGCGAAUUUUGAUGUCUGUAAUAAGGAUAAGAUCUGUUGCCGAUGCGUUUAGUUUCGUCCGUGUUGGUGUUUGCUGUUAUACCAGAGGGGCAAAAUUACACUCCCAAACCUCAAGUGUUUAUGAACAUUAAGAUAUAAGUUAAUCCCCUAAA